AUGUUGGGCCCCGAGGACUACAGUGACGCGGCCAUCAGAGACCCCCAGACCCAAGCCUGGAUUGCAAAAAUAGAGUGUCUCCACGGGGGCCCCGAAUAUGACAGCGAAUACCCUCGAGGCAUUCCAACAAAAGUGACAAUUCAUUUCGAAGACAAACAACUCGACAGCGGAAAAAUUCUAUUCCCCGCGGGUCACAGCUGCUGCAGCAGCAGCAAUUUUGAUUUGCUGCUGCAGCACAAAUUCGAGCUGCUGGGGCGGCAAGCUUUGUCUGCUGCUGCUCUCAAGGAAGUGCAGCAGCAGCUGCUGCAGCUGGAAGCAGCAACGCCAGCAGAAGUGCUGCAGCUGUACGAGUUUAAGGAUUUGCUGCUGCAGCAGCAGUAG